CUGCCGGUCGCAGCUGCGUCACGCGAGCGCAAAUGACACGCUGAAGGAGCGCACGCACGGACGCGCGCGAGUGAAGAAAGAACGAAAAAACCCAACGGUCACUAACUGUUACACCGCUACCGAAACCGCAUCAAUAUACAUGACAUUUUUUCUCCUCCUUCCUAUCAUUAGUUUGGAGAAAAUUCACCACAGACGAACAAGACAAGGCUAAGCCAAAAUAUCAGGGAUGGAUGUGAAAGAUCAAGGAGCGCAGAUGGAGCCGCUUCUUCCUGCGGUUCAAAGUCCUGCUAGUGAUAACGGGCGAAACGAUGAGGAAGCUGUGCUGGACAGGGGUGGAACUCGCUCCAUGCUCAACACGAAUUUUGAGAAAGAGGAGCUGGAAGGCCACCGUACCCUCUACAUUGGGGUGCAUGUACCUUUGGGUCGGAGAUCACACAGACGACAUCGUCACCAUGGACAUCGUCACAGGAAGAGGUCACGGGAAAGAGACUCUGGAACCGAAGAUGGCAGAGAAUCACCUUCAUACACGGACACACCAUCACAGCGUGUACAGUUUCUGCUGGGAAUGGAGGAUGAUGAGGAACACAUUCCUCAUGCUCUUUUCACCGAGCUGGACGAGAUCUGCCUGAAAGAGGGAGAGGAUGCGGAAUGGAAAGAGACGGCUAGAUGGCUGAAGUUUGAGGAGGAUGUGGAGGAUGGAGGGGAGAGGUGGAGUAAGCCAUACGUGGCUACUCUUUCCCUUCAUAGCCUGUUUGAGCUGCGGAGCUGCAUCCUAAAUGGCAUCGUCAUGCUGGACAUGAGGGCCAACUCACUGGAGGAGAUUGCAGAUAUGGUUUUGGACCAGCACGAGACGUCAGGUUUAUUGGGAGAGGAGGUGAGGAAGAAGGUCCGAAAUGCUCUCCUUAAACAGCACCACCAUCAGAACCAGAAGAAACUGGCUAACCGGAUUCCCAUCGUACGCUCUUUCGCAGAUAUCGGCAGAAAGCAGUCCGAACCACACUCCAUGGAUAAGAAUGUUAUCUUCAUGACCAAUUCGCUCCCCAGUCCCCACUCCUCUCUCUGGUCUAGGUUCAGUCGAAGUGUGAGAAACAGACAGGUGCUCUUAUGUAAAGCCUGGUCCAUUAGAUAUCCCAAGUGUGUGUCAGCUCCCCAGAAACCCCACACAUGCUCUUCUACCCGCCCUGCCCCAGACAACCCCCUCAUUCGACCCAAAAAAUCCUUCAUCCCCUUCAGCAAACGAUUAAGCCUGCCUUCCGGCUACCAUGUCAUCCCCACCAUCGACCCUGAAGAAGAGCCACUAUCAGGUCAGAUGGUGUCUCCUCAGGCUCAGCCCACCACUACAGAGGGACGUGGGGAUGGCAGUCGUGAGAACAGUGCUGUUGACUUCAGCAAAAUAGACCUCCACUUCAUGAAGAAAAUCCCACCGGGGGCUGAGGCAUCCAACAUCCUAGUGGGUGAGCUAGAGUUUCUGGAGAAACCUGUGGUGGCCUUUAUCCGUCUGUCUCCCGCUGUGCUGCUCAACGGCCUGGCAGAGGUUCCCAUCACCACCAGGUUUCUCUUCAUUUUGCUGGGCCCGAUGGGGAAAGGGCCUCAGUACCACGAGAUUGGCCGUUCCAUCGCCACCCUCAUGACAGACGAGGUGUUUCAUGAUGUGGCUUAUAAAGCAAAGGAUCGUUCUGACCUCGUGGCAGGAAUCGAUGAGUUUUUGGACCAGGUGACUGUGCUGCCCCCAGGCGAGUGGGAUCCCACCAUCAGAAUAGAGCCGCCCAAAAACGUGCCCUCACAGGAGAAGCGGAAGGUUCCUCCUCUGGCCAAUGGAGGGGCUGAUCUGGGGGAGAAUGAGGAGCACGGAGGCCACGGAGGACCAGAGCUAGAGCGCACAGGGAGGUUAUUUGGUGGCUUAUUUCUGGACAUCAAGCGUAAGGCUCCUCACUACCUGUCAGAUUACACAGAUGCCAUAAGUUUGCAGUGUCUCGCCUCCUUCCUCUUUCUGUACUGCGCAUGCAUGUCUCCUGUGAUCACCUUCGGAGGUCUCCUGGGAGAAGCUACAGAAGGACGCAUAAGUGCGAUAGAGUCUCUGUUUGGAGCCUCUAUGACGGGUAUAGCGUACUCUUUGAUUGCUGGGCAGCCCCUCACUAUCCUGGGCAGCACGGGACCUGUCUUGGUCUUUGAGAAAAUCCUCUUCAAAUUCUGCAAAGAGUAUGGUUUGUCCUACCUCUCCUUACGCGUGUGUAUCGGUCUGUGGACGGCCUUUUUCUGUCUUUUGCUGGUUGCCACAGACGCCAGCUCUUUGGUGUGUUACAUUACACGAUUCACAGAGGAAGCCUUCGCUUCCCUCAUCUGCAUCAUCUUUAUCUAUGAAGCUCUGGAGAAACUUAUUCAUCUGGGAGAGACAUACCCUUUCAACAUGCACAACAACCUCAACCAGCUCACUCAGUACUCAUGUGUGUGCACAAUGCCUACAAAACCCAGUAAUGCCACACUGAAUUACUGGGAGGAAAAAAACAUCACUGCAUCUGAGAUUGACUGGCUAGGCCUAGAUGUCAAGGGCUGUGUGGAGAACAGGGGUGAGUUUCUGGGCAACGCCUGUGGCCAUCAUGGUCCAUACAUACCUGACGUCCUCUUCUGGUCUGUCAUUCUCUUCUUCUCUACGGUUGCUAUGUCGUCCUUCCUCAAGGAGUUCAAAACAAGCCGUUACUUCCCCACCAAGGUGAGGGCAGUUAUCAGUGAUUUUGCUGUUUUCAUCACCAUCCUGACCAUGGUUCUGACCGACUACGCUCUGGGGGUCCCCUCUCCAAAACUACAGGUUCCUAAUGAGUUUAAACCAACCAGAGAUGACCGUGGCUGGUUCAUCAGUCCACUGGGACCAAACCCGUGGUGGACCACUAUUGUGAGCUUCAUCCCAGCUCUGUUGUGCACCAUCCUCAUCUUCAUGGACCAACAAAUCACUGCCGUUAUUAUUAACAGGAAGGAACACAAGCUGAAGAAAGGCUGUGGGUAUCAUCUGGACCUGUUUGUGGUGGGUGUGAUGCUGGGCGUGUGCUCUCUCAUGGGUCUCCCGUGGUUCGUGGCUGCGACUGUGCUGUCAAUCAGCCACGUGAACAGCCUGAAAUUGGAGUCCGAAUGCUCGGCACCCGGUGAACAGCCCAAGUUCUUGGGCAUCAGAGAGCAGCGCUUCACCGGCCUCAUGAUAUUCGUCCUCAUGGGCAGCUCAGUAUUUAUGACCUCCGUACUGAAGCAUAUCCCGAUGCCUGUGUUAUACGGAGUUUUCCUCUAUAUGGGAGCGUCGUCUCUCAGGGGCAUACAAUUUUUUGAUCGUGUGAGACUGUUCGGGAUGCCGACAAAACACCAACCUGAUUUUAUCUACCUGAGACACGUCCCGCUGAGAAAAGUUCACUUGUUCACCAUCAUCCAGUUCAGCUGCCUGGUGCUUCUCUGGGUCAUCAAAACCUCCAGAGCCGCCAUAGUCUUUCCUAUGAUGGUCUUAGCCCUUGUGUUCAUCCGUAAGCUGUUGGAUUUUUUCUUCUCUAAGCGAGAUCUCAGCUGGCUUGAUGACCUCAUGCCAGAGAGCAAGAAGAAAAAAAUGGAAGAUGCACAGCAAGAGGAGAAUCAGUGUGUCUUGAUGGAGGAGGAAGGAAUUGUACAAGUGCCCCUAGAGGGGCAUUAUAAGGACGAUCCAUCCACGGUCAACAUUUCAGAUGAAAUGACAAAGACGUCUUUUGGAAACGUCUGGAAAGGCCUCAACUCUGACAGCACCAACAAAGAUCAAAGCUCAAAAAGCUCAAAAGUUGUGGGUGCCAUUGGACGCAAGCGAGGUGAUGAAGAGAAGGAGAAAGAUUUGGAUAGAGAGACGAGUUUGUGAGUUCAUGUAUUUCAAAACACAGUAUCGUGCCACAUGACAAGCACCACUAUAUGCUUCUGUUCUGUAGGUCUGUGUGUGCCAGUAUGUGCUAAGGCACCUUGUUAUAUUUACAUAUUUUUUAUGUGGGGGGAGGGGGGGGGG